UUAUAAAAAUACAAUUAACGUAUUGUUAUAAGUAAAGAUAUUUGUUAGAGUAGAAUAAAACUCUUCAGGAGUUGUAUAUAAAUUGUUCACGUUUCUGCUAGGCAAAGCUGUCACAUUAAAGUUAUGUUUAUAAACGCGUUUAGAGUUGUACAUUCUGGAUAUGUAUUAUUAGCAUGCUUCAUCUUGAACUGGCAGAGAAACCUGUUUGCAUAUCACGAUUUGAUUAUGAUCUAAAGAUCAUUGAAACGUUUCAUGAAAUGGACCAGAAAAUCAAAAGAGCUGAAGAAGAAUUACGAAGGCAACGGCAGCUUAUUGACAGAUUUUCUGCUGAAAGUGAAUUAUUAACUUUUGCGUAACUGAAGUGGUUCAGUGUAUGUUAGAUGGGGCCGGAACAUAUGUCCAGAACAUGCAGCAGCUAUAUAUAACGGUUACGUCGCUGGAAAGAAAUUCGAUGACAAAGGUGGUGGGAGCGAUUCCUUGUGUCUUCCCUCUGAUCCAGUUUGGUCGAACUAUAGUGACGGGGAUGACAGAAACAGAGGAUUCAUUUACGGGACAGAGUUUGACGAGGAGGGUACCGAUAUAUUUGGUUACUCGGUUCUUCAACAAGACGUCCCAUGUGUCGUCUGCAAAACCCACAAGUCAGCACUUGUCAUGGUCCCGGCAAGAGCCAAAUGCUAUCCUGGUUGGAAAGAAGAAUAUAGUGGAUAUCUCAUGUCGGCUUACCGUUCUCAUCCGGGUCCUCAUAACCAUAUCUGUGUGGACAGUGAUCCAGAGUUCAUACCACGCGGUAGCAAUAAUGAUAAUGAACAUAUUUUAUAUCUCAUGGAAGCACGAUGUGGUUCAUUGCCUUGUCCGCCUUACGUUCAAGGAAGAGAGCUUCCCUGUGUUGUCUGUUCUGCCUAACUACUACAUCCUAACCUUCACAUUAGAUACCACUACAUAAAAGUGAAUGUCACUACUAAACUGAAAAAUGCUUAUCUUAUUAAAGAAGUGGCACUAUAAUUGACAUUGUGCAGUGAGAAAAAUCUGUAGUUGUCAAUGAGAGUAAAUUUUAGCUUCUUUAAAAUUUGUCGUGUGUGUUUAAAAUUGCAACAUGUACCAACAAUUCAAUUGCAUCGUAACAUAACAAAUUAAAACCAAACUGAGUACAAAGU